CUCUUCAUGUCAGGGAUGGAGGAACCUGAACUCUGCUUUCCACAGCUCUUCAACUCCUCCUGCAGGAGGAUGAAGCGUUCUCACUUUGAAGCAAUGCUGGUUCACAUCCUGCUGUCCUGCAUCUCUCUGCUCACUGUGAUUCUCAACCUCCUGGUCAUCAUCUCCAUCUCACACUUCAGGAAGCUCCACACUCCCACCAACCUCCUCCUCCUCUCACUGGCUGUUUCUGAUGUCUUCGUGGGUCUCCUCAUGUUCUUUCAAAUUGGGCUUAUAGACGGCUGCUGGUUCCUCGGUGACUUCAUGUGCACUCUGUAUCAGUAUCUCGAUUACAUCAUCACCUCAGCCUCAAUAGGAACCAUGGUGAUGAUAUCGAUUGACCGCUACGUGGCCGUUUGUUACCCUCUGCAUUACUCUAUUCAAAUCACACAACAAAGAGUUCAAAUCUGUGUGUGUCUGUGCUGGAUCAGUUCUGCAAUCUUUCAAGCUCUGGCUCUGAAGGACGCCCUGAAGCAGCCAGGCAGGUACAAGUCCUGUGUUGGAGAGUGUGUCUUUGUCGGUGACUACAUUACUGGACUUGCAGAUGUUAUUUUUUCCUUCAUUGUUCCUAUUACAAUCAUCAUAGUUCUGUAUGUGAGAGUGUUUGUGGUGGCUGUGUCUCAGGCUCAUGCCAUGCAUUCUCAGCUUGUACCAACCAAGCACUCAGUUACAGCAACUGUUCAGAAAUCUGAACUGAAAGCAGCCAGGACUCUUGGUGUUGUUGUAGUUGUGUUUAUAAUAUGUAUGUGCCCAUAUUACUGUGUUGCCAUCACAGGCCAAGAAACCCUUCUCAAUAGUACAUCUAUUGUCUUUGUGAUAUGUCUGUUCUACUUUAACUCCUGUCUGAACCCCAUCAUCUACACUUUCUUGUACCCCUGGUUCAGAAAAUCAGUCAAGCUCAUUGUUACACUUCAGAUACUGCAGCCUGCCUCCCGUGAGGCCAAGAUGCUGUAGAGACACUUUACCAUGAACAGAAAAAUGCACUCUGUGUGGUGACAAGUGAAUAAAAAACAACUGUGUAUUUCUGCCACAUCAGAAAAAGAAAAAUGGAUCUGUAUCACAUCAUAAUGUGUUCAUCAAGUUAGAAUUUAAUGUUAUAUGUCCUACAAACUCAACAGGAAAUCUUCUUUGUUAUGUCAAUAUGUUAUUUAUCUAGUUACAACCUGAAACUCAUGGUUAACUGAGGAAACAGUGUGCAGAGAAGAGAUGAAUAGAGGAACAGGGCUCAUGUGCACAGUUUGAUUAAGUUAUACUUCAUGCUUGGGCUGAGACACGGUGAUUUUCUGCUGUUUUUAAACAUGAUGGAUAAGUAUGCUGGGAAAAUUGAACCACUUAGCUCAUGUACACUAUUUGACAAAGUUCCAUGUCAUAUUUGUGUUGAGACACGGUGACAUUCUGCUGUUAAUGAUCAUGGUGGACGAUAUUGUGAUAAGUGCGUGAAUACAAAGAAGGAUUUUAAAAAGCAUAGAGCUGUAAAGAAGGAACAAUGAGUCUUAGUAACAUCAUUUCUCACUGAUCAGCUGGAGGAUCAUAGAAGGAUGCACUGAUACAUGAUUUAACUUAACAUCAUCCAUCAAGAUCAGGAACAGCAAAAUCUCACCAUGUCUCAACCCAAACAUGAAAGAAAACUUCAUUAAAUCCUAGUAAUGAGCCACAUUCUUCAAUUCAUCUGAUCUACGUUUUAUUACGCUAUAAAUUAUAACAAACAGUUCAAGUUAAACCACAACAAUGUAUUGCAAUAACAAGAAAAGUGUCUCAUAAUGUGACAAGUCUAUAUAUUUGACUUUUAUGUUAUAUAUUAAAA